AACUUCACAGGAGUUUCAUACAGUUUGUCUGCUGCCAACAAAGCUUUCGGAGACUUAGAAAUAACUGCUCAAUUUGAGACGAGCACAGACGGUCCGUACUAGACUAGUAGUAAAAAUGCUCCGAUAAGUGUCGCGCUCUCCGUCGCGAACGUAAGCAAGGAAUGGAGCGCAGUGAUUUCGGUCCCUUCCUCUCGUUCCAGAUGUCCGCUGGUGGAAGAGAAGACGACAAAGCCGGCGAUCCGACGAAGGAGCGCGAUGGAGAGACUGAGCCGGCGGUCCAUCCUCCUGGGAGCUGUGCGGCGUGCAGAGCCGCCCUGGGGAGCGAGCGGCGCCCGCAGCUGCUGCCGUGUCUCCACUCGCUGUGUCGCGCGUGUUUGCCGCGCGCAGACGGCGCUUUCACCGCAGAGUGCCCUGCAUGUAAAGGCAUCUACACUCACCUGGCAGUAAAAAGCAAUCCAUUCAUCAAGGAGACGCCUGUCUGGUCUGGAGCCCAAAAGGUCAGCAAAUGUGGGGGCUGCUGUGAGGACACGGCGGUCAUUGGCUGGUGCAAGGAAUGUGGUGAGGCCCUGUGCUCGGCUUGUGUGUUGGCGCACAGAAGAGUGAGAGUGACCCGGGAUCACACUGUCCUGCAGCAGCCAUCAGGCCCACCAGCCCCACCCUUCUGCCCCAUUCACAAAGAGGAGCAGAUGAAACUCUUCUGCUUGUCGUGUGAUCAGCUAACUUGCCGCGACUGCCAGCUGUCCGACCACAGAAACCACCGGUUCAACUUUAUUGAGGAGGCAGCUGUGGAUGUGAAGAUGGAGGUGAGGUCUCUGAUGGAGAAGGUGAAGCAUCAGAAGGAGUUGGUGAAGAGGAGCCUGUGGGACCUGCAUGGCAGGCUGCUGGGUCUGGCAGAGCAGGAGACAACUGUGAAGAAGGAGCUCCGUGACACCGUAAUGUGCAUCCGCAAUGCACUUGUGAAGCAGGCACUGCAGCUGGCGGCAGAUGUGCAGGAGCUGUGUGGGUCCGAGAGGGCCAACAUUUUGGUGCGGCAGGGGGAGCUGAGGCGGUUGCAGGAGAGACAGGACCACGUGCUAGGGUUCACUGAGCUGGCGCUGAACGCAGAUGACCACACUGGCCUGCUUGUUUGCAAGAAACAGAUUCAGGUCCAGUUGGAAGGCCUGUUGUUCCAUAGCACUGACCCACCAGCUAGCAAGCUGGAGGUGAAAUUCUGCUGUAAUGACCAUAUCUACAGUGCAAUUUCCAAUUUGGGUAAGAUUUUGAAGAAAGACAUACCUUUUGCCCACCCAGAUCCUCCUCAUGCUCCAAGCACGGCCUCAGAUUGUCGUCCCCCAACCAAAAGUCUCAACAGCAGCUCAGCUCAGAAAGCCCCCACAUCUUCACGGAACCCUCUCGCCGUGUCCUCGGCUGCCCUCGGUCUCUCCUGUCCCCCUCCGCAAGGCCUCAACACGUAUUUUUCCUCACCAUUUCCCUCUGGCCCCUCCCUGGUUCAGGCCCCUCACGCCGUUUCUUCUUAUGCUCAGAUCCGUGGUUCCUUUCUGAUCUCUCCUCCCAGUCUGCUAGAGCCAGUGCACACCUUGUACCCUCCAGUUUAUAUGCAGUGCCAAUCGGAUCCCUCGUCUUCAUCUCCUUCUCUGCCUACCUCCUGUACAUCAUCUUUGUCCGGUCAGAAUAAGCCUUUCAUUUGCACGACCGUAAAUGCCCCUCAGGCCGUGUCUGUGGUUCAUUGCUCGUCUUCUGCUUCCAGUGUGAUUCUGGGCAAAAAGCCUCCCUCCAUUCCGGUUUCUGUCUCUUCUUGGACUCCUUCCAUAGUCGUCCUUCCUAGUGUUCCUGUCAGAGCAGAUCAGCUUCUAAUUGCCAAUCUGGCCCCUAGAAGUAUGUGUACAAUGAACACGAUCAUCCAAGCCCUACCUGCAGAAAGCCAGAAAGGUGCUCCUACCUUGGAUCUUAUCCACUCCACUGAGUCGACCUCAGAUGCAGGUGUGCGUCAUUCAGCCAAAGAAAAGCCUCCAAAGAACCCCUGCGCUGUGCUUCCUGUGAAAGCCCCAGCUGACUCCCCAUGUGAGAGGGUGUCUUCUGCUGGCAGACUUCAGGAGCCUGAUCUGGUGCCUGCCUCUAAAGAAAAUGAGCCCACUUCCACAGUACUAGAGACAGCUAGCACAGUGUCCCGUGAGGGCCCUGUCAUCGUUGACCUGAUCAAUAGUCAAACACCAGGCACAAACCCAGAGCUGACACAUGGAAUCACUGCUCAUGCUGCUAUGGAGGCUAGUUCUGCAGUUAACACAAACAGGUACACAUUCAAAGAUAAGACAGGUGCAGUGGCUCCAGACAUGACCGCUCCCUCCAAAGAUGCAGAGUCCAGUUUGGCUUGUGCCACCGUGGAUAUGAGCGCAGAUGAUGGGGACAGGACUGUUGUAAUAUCCGACAUCACCAAUCCUGAUUUAAACGCAGCAAGCAGGAUGGCAGUUGCUGCUACUGCGGAGAUUAAUGGUUUCAACGGGAAAAGAGUUGUCAAGCCAGAGGAGUGCAGGUACAAGGAAGCCUCACCUCUUGACUGCGUUCACUUGCCAGCAUCUGGUACAGAGUGCAUGCUAAGGCGUAUGGUUCCAUCCAUACAAAGCAUUGCAGGGCUGCCAUCCAGCUUUAAGGAAGCUCUGGAGAGAUGCUGUACAAGCUCUCCUCCAGCAAGCUUGGUGACCCCCAGUGAAGCCCAGCAGCAGGACAGUGAGAUUCCUACCAGUACCCUAGGGACACUAAACAGGACCUGCCCCAGUCCCAAACACAUGGAGUUGAAGGAUUUAGAAGACACUUAUCAUUGUCCUAUUGAGGAUGAUGAACAGUGCAGUGAGACUGUAGGCACUGAGCAUGCCCAGGACUCCAGAAGUCCAGUUGGCAGACAAAUGCUUCCCCAGGUCUCUCUGUUUCGAAUCCCCAUCUCUGCCCCUGCUUUGGGUUCCCUGCCACGGUUCCGCCUCUUUCCCGGAACUACAAAGAAUGAGAUCCUCCUCAAAAUGAUUGAGGAAGAGGAUCAGCCAGCUAUCUCACCCAACUUCACUUCUGAGUCAAGCACCCUGAAGGCAACGCCACACCUCCCCAAAGCCAGGAAGGCACACUGUACUGCUUGUCGUCUGACUGAUGGGCUGAUCUUGUGCUCCACAUGCGGCCGCAGCUUCCACAGGGAUUGCCACAUUCCCCCUGUCGGCUCGUCAGUGAGCUCACAGUGGCGGUGCACACUCUGCUGGGACCUCUCAGAUGUGGGCAAACAGUGUAGCACCGUGGCAGGUGGACCACCUAAUCUCUGCCCUUUGGACCAACGGAGGUGCGAGUAUGUUCUGCUGGUGCUGAUGUGUAGGAAGUGCAGCUCAGUUCUUCAAAAACCAGUCCAGGUGUCUUCCUUCUCCUCGCAGUAUGUUGACCUCAUCUUGAUUCGGGGACGGUUGCUGCAGAAGCUGAUGCCUCCCUACCAAACCCCCUCUGAGUUUGUCUCUGACGUCUGGGUUCUCUUGGAUAGUCUUUUAAAGAAGGAACCCAGUAAGGCUGAAAAGCUACAGAGGUGCUUUGAGACAACGGUGAACCACGUCUUUGGCAGAAGCCUUUACAUGUCUCUGCUGAAGCACCCCUGCAGGAAGGAGAGGGAGGGUGAUGGGGCGAGGAAGACGCUGAAGAGACUCAGGGAGUUCCUGAGUAAGAGUCCCCAAGAGCCAGCCAAGAGGAUCUGUACAGAAAGCCAGUAGAAAAGCUGGAAAAGGGAAGCAGAGCUGUUGCAUGUCAACAAACAGUUAUUAGUUCACCUUAUGCAGACCCUUUCCACCCUUGGCUUUCUACUCUGAAACUUAUAUGCACUUGUGGUUUUGGCAAUAAAAAUUUGUGCCAUAUUUUGUGGUGAUUAACUUCUAAUUAAAAUAAAUGUUAGUAGAAAAUGAGUUAUAUAUCAAUUUAGAUAUUAGAGA